GUGCUGAAUGUGGAGUGAACGCAGAUGUGGAGAAGCAUCUUGAAUUGGGGAAGAAAUUACUGGCAGCUGGACAGCUGGCUGAUGCUCUCUCUCAGUUCCAUGCUGCAGUAGAUGGUGAUCCUGACAACUACAUUGCAUACUAUCGCAGAGCUACUGUCUUCUUAGCCAUGGGGAAAUCCAAAGCCGCACUGCCCGACUUAACUAAAGUGAUUGAACUGAAGAUGGAUUUCACUGCAGCAAGGUUACAGAGAGGCCACUUACUACUCAAACAAGGGAAACUUGAUGAAGCUGAAGAGGAUUUCAAGAGAGUGCUCAAGUCUAAUCCAAGUGAAAAUGAAGAGAAGGAAGCGCAGUCUCAGCUUGUCAAGUCAGAUGAGAUGCAGCGUUUGCGCUCACAAGCCCUUGAUGCCUUCGAAAGUGCCGACUACAGCGCUGCUAUAAGCUUCCUUGAUAUGAUUUUGGAGGUUUGUGUUUGGGAUGCAGAGUUGCGUGAACUUCGAGCUGACUGUUUCAUGAAGGAAGGAGAACCCAGGAAAGCCAUCAGCGACUUAAAGGCUGCUGCAAAGCUGAAGAGCGGUAACACCGAGGCGUUUUACAGAAUCAGCACGCUCUACUAUCAGCUAGGAGACCAUGAGUUAUCCCUCAGCGAAGUCCGUGAAUGUCUGAAACUUGACCAGGAUCACAAAAGGUGUUUUGCACACUAUAAGCAAGUUAAGAAACUUAAUAAGCUGAUCGAGUCAGCUGAAGAGCUGAUCAGAGAGGGCAGAUACACAGAUGCAACCAGCAAAUACGAAUCUGUCAUGAAAACAGAGCCCAGUGUUGCUGAGUAUACCGUGCGCUCCAAAGAGAGAAUUUGUCAUUGCUUCUCCAAGGAUGAGAAACCUGUUGAAGCCAUUAGAAUAUGUUCUGAAGUUUUACAGAUGGAGCCCGACAAUGUGAACGCUCUGAAAGACCGAGCAGAGGCCUAUUUAAUAGAGGAAAUGUAUGACGAAGCCAUUCAGGAUUAUGAAGCUGCUCAGGAACACAACGAAAAUGACCAGCAGAUUCGGGAAGGUUUAGAGAAAGCCCAGCGGUUACUGAAACAGUCACAGAAACGAGACUAUUAUAAAAUCUUGGGAGUAAAAAGAAAUGCCAAAAAACAAGAAAUCAUUAAAGCAUACCGAAAAUUAGCACUUCAGUGGCAUCCAGACAAUUUCCAGAAUGAAGAAGAAAAGAAAAAGGCAGAGAAAAAGUUCAUUGACAUAGCAGCUGCUAAAGAAGUCCUCUCAGACCCAGAAAUGAGAAAGAAGUUUGAUGAUGGAGAAGAUCCUCUUGACGCAGAGAGUCAACAGGGAGGCGGCGGCAACCCCUUCCACAGAAGCUGGAACUCAUGGCAAGGCUUCAAUCCCUUCAGCUCAGGCGGGCCGUUUCGAUUCAAAUUCCACUUCAAUUAAAGCAGCCGUUUCACCACUCCUCUCCUUUAUUAUUGUCAUUUUAACAUUAAAAACAAAAACUGUUUGCAAUUCUGAUACAAACAAAAUCAAACAAAACUUUCAGUUUUUCCGUGACCAAAGAGUUGUUUUAAGGAAAAAAAGCUGUUCUUCGUGUAGACUUGAUGGGCCUGCCAAGGUGGGAGCAAGGAGGCAUUGUUUCUGACCAAGCAGCCUGUGCGCAUCUCGUGACUGCCAGGGGGAUGUGGUCUGAGGUGUUUACCUUAUGGUGGUGUUCAAAUAGCAUUAAACAUAGACACAUUUAACCCGGAGCAGACAGGUUCUACACAGUCUUGCAUAGUGACCAUGAGGAGGGGCUGUGGCCUCCUGGAGAAUGGAUUGUCUCUCUAUUCCUAAGAGAAUGUGAACAGUAUUUCUUAGGGACGACUAUGCUUGGCCCAGUCACUUGCAAGUACUUAUUCCUGUCCCUGUGUCAUCAUGGCGUCGCUGCAGGAAGGGUAGAGACCACCUUUAGGAAACACACCAUCCUGUGGUAAGUGCUGUGUCCAGGUGUAGACUGCGUGUUGAAGCUAAGCAUAUAUUUUUGUUGUUUCACGAGUUUAAUUGUAAAACCUUACAGAUCCUCCAAGUGUUAAACGAGAGAAGCUCAGUGGUAUUUUAGACAAUUCUGUGGACGGUCAGUUUGAAAUACUUUUUAAGCAAGUGAGUUCCAAGUUGUUUGAUACAAAGUUCCUGUCACAAAACUGACUUAGUAAUGAAGAGUUGCUUUGUCAGCGUAAGCACACAGUGUCGUGAUUCCCACCUAAGCAAUAUUAGUGAGGCAGCGAGCGUCUCACUGUCUGUCUGUCUGUCUUGGUCAGUAGAUCUGCCUCACGAGGACUGGGUGUUCCUGGUUUGUCACUCUGCUUAGAAGGACAGGCUUGCACCUCAGUCCAGCUCUCUCUGUGUGCUUGAUAACAUUUCACUUCCUUCUGAAGACCCCCUCUGGCUUUUUAAGCAGGUACCACUUUAAGAAAUGUACUGUCAGGGUUUGUAUAGUGGAUAUUUUUUGCCCUAAAAAUCUGUUGCUAAAUCAAGAACAUAGAUUUAUGAACUACUCAUACUGCAUUGAAAAUCUAAAGAAUUACAUUACUGCCUUUAUUUUAGAAAGUUUUUUCUUCUUUCUUGAAACAUUGUGAAAUAUUUUAAGUAUAAAGGUCUAAUAUAUUGUUUUUAUGAAAUUAAGCAUUUUAGUUAAUUGUGGGAGGCAUGAAUGUAGCAUCCAAGCACAAAUCAUUUUCUUAACCUAUAGUCAUAUCCUUGAGCAUACUGAGAAAAAAAAUUUAAAUGGAAGAACAUAAAUCACAUAGUUGAGUUGGGCAAAACAUUUACAUGCUCUUUGCCUGUACUUAGGAGCCUAUUUCUUACCAAUAAACAAUGCAUUUCAAAAUACCUUUCAGCUUUGAUUUUGCUUCAGUGUCCCAAAAUUCCAAUCAGGCCAGGUGUGCUAACAUGUAACUGUUGUCCUGGCACUAGAGAUGAGGAGAAGCAAGCCAGCCUGGUUUAUAGAGUGAGUUCCAGGCCAGGCAGCCACCAAAAUAUCAGACAAAUUCAAACCAAUGUGAAACAGCAAAUGAAAAAUGAAAAUACUUUUGUGUUUUUCAGAUCUUAAUAAUCUUACAUCAACUACUUACAAUUGCUUUUAGUCUGACUCCUUUUGAUGAUGUCACUGACAGUUUUGAAUUAGAGCGAUGGCAUCUGUGUGCUUUCCAAAGUGCACGUUUGCAUCAGUAGCACCAGGAGGCCUCGGGCAGCGCAGCUCACUCUCCCAUGUGGAGCAGGCAGAGAGCUGCCAGCAGCAUGGGGCCAGAGGGACUGUGGUUGGAGUUGGGCUGCAUGGAUCUCAUUUGAUGCCUCCUAAUUUGCUUCCUAGAGAGUUUCUCCUACUUGUAACUACCCAAAGUAACCGAGGAUUAGCCUUGCUCACGUGCCAAAGGCAGAUGCCAUAGAGGGAGAUCUCUGUGCUGAUUAGUACACUGAUCAGGAUGACCUGGAUGCUGUUGGCAGUCUCCUGGUGACAAACUUAUGGUGUACCAUGCUGCGUAAAACCAAUUAUUGAAGAAAAAUUCUCCACUUCCUUAUUCCAGUUUCUGUGUUUAGGAACUGAAGAUAACCCUUUGUGGUAAUUCUGGGGAGAAUGUGAUCGAAGCUCUCCUUAGCAGAACUCGAUUCUGUUUCUAGCCCGGGUUGCAUUCAGUGGUCAUCACUGCAGGACGUGGGAAAAAUCACACGCUGCCAGAGGGCAACUUGACUUCACUUCUCAGUUCUGCAGGUUUACUGAUAGAAGACAAAUACUGGGAAAAAGAAUAUCUUCAUAGUUUAAUGUGAAUUGGGUGUAAUGUCUUAAUUUAAAAAUACUCUGAAUAGUGUUGAGUCUGUUUUUAAGUAGCAGUAUGCAGAUUAGACAAGGAGUGUAAGCAGGAUGGUGGCUUACGACUGUCAUCUCAGAAUGUGCGGGCUGCACGUGCGGAGGUCACCCUGACUUUAAAAGUACCAAACUUAGACCCAUUGAUAACUAUGUAGAAAAUGUCAGUCCUCAUCAUCCUCCCUUAUUUACACCUGGAAGGUAACAUUGACAUGUAACGGCUUUCAUUUGGUCAGAAGUUACUUAGCGUGAAGAAGAGUUAAGAUGGGCUGGUUUGAAACCACUCCUCAGGCCACUGUGGGUGCCCACCUGCCUCAGAUGCAGGCACUGGCGAUGGCCUUUAUAGUGAUUUCAGUAAGUACACAUCACAGGGUAAGAAGUCAAGACAGUUUUCUUGAGUGGUUUUGACAUUCCUGUAGUGAUCAAGGAAGAAGACAAGUAAUGAUUUUUAAGAACUUACCUCUUUUUCCACCAGAUCAUAUCAUUCCUUUUCUGUUAGUGGCAGAAUUCAUUCUGUGAUUUCAAAUGAUGUUUGGAGGGGGAGAUGAUUCUUUAACAUGAUCUCAUUUGCUGAAUGAUUUAAGAGUAAAAUUAGCCACUGCGUGGCUUUGUGUACAGUAACAACAGGGUUAUCGCACUUGUCUGUGGAUGGGAUAUUUUCCUGUGCAGAGGAUCCAGGGCACAGGGAAAAAUCAGAGAUGUGGAUAAGUUAUUAAUCUUACGUUUAUAUGUGUCUUAAAUGGGACAGACCUAACAAUCCAUCUCUAGUUAGUGUUUUAAUAAAAAAGGAAUUAAGAUUAUUUCAACUGGGACUCAUACAUGUCUAUGAAUAUGGGCAAUAUUUUUAUGCCCGUGUAUUUUCACAUUUAAUAAAAAUAUUUAUGGUCAUA